CAGAGCAGACGGCCCGGGAUCUGAUGGCGGCUGAUCCCGUCCAGUUACACUGGAGGCAUGUGACCUCCUUUACCGGGCCGGUCCCGAGCGCCAGGCACGGACACCGCGCUGUGGUCAUACGGGAGCUCAUGAUCAUCUUUGGGGGAGGUAACGAGGGGAUAGCGGAGGAGCUGCACGUCUACAACACAGCAACAAAUCAAUGGUUCCUCCCAGCUGUCAGAGGCGAUAUACCGCCAGGUUGUGCUGCUCAUGGAUUUAUAUGUGAUGGGACCAGGGUUCUGGUUUUUGGAGGAAUGGUGGAAUAUGGAAGAUACAGCAAUGACUUGUACGAGUUGCAGGCAAGCCGUUGGCUAUGGAAAAAGUUGAAACCUCACCCUUUACCCAGUGGGUCCCUGCCCUGUCCCCGUCUUGGGCACAGUUUUUCUCUCUAUGGCAAUAAAUGUUAUUUGUUUGGUGGCCUUGCCAAUGAGAGCGAAGACAACAAUAACAAUAUUCCCAGGUACCUGAAUGACUUUUAUGAGCUUGAUUUACGUCAAGGAAGUGGAGUUGUGGGCUGGAGUAUACCACAGACGAAAGGUGCCCCUCCUAGCCCACGGGAGUCCCAUUCCAGCGUGAUAUACAGCAGGAAGGAUCGUGGAAAAUCAAAGCUAUAUAUUUUUGGUGGAAUGUCUGGAUGUCGGCUCAGUGAUCUUUGGGAACUAGAUAUUGAGACCAUGACGUGGAGCAGUCCAGAGGCCAAAGGAGUGUUUCCUUUAGCCAGAAGUCUUCAUACUGCCAAUGUUAUAGGAAAUAGAAUGUAUGUUUUUGGUGGCUGGGUCCCACAGACGUUAGAAGGCGAUAGCCCACCCUCCCAAGAGAGCCAGUGGAAGUGCACCAACUCCUUUUCCUUUUUGGAUCUAGACUCCAUGAAGUGGACAACUUUAAUGCCAGACUCUUCGGAAGAUAGAAGGGAUUGGCCGUGGCCCAGAGCAGGACACUGUGCCAUCACAAUUGGGAAACGUUUAUAUAUCUGGAGCGGAAGGGAUGGCUACAAAAAGGCGUGGAAUUGCCAAGUUUGUUGCAAAGACCUUUGGUACAUCGACACAGAAAAGCCUCCUCCACCUUCACCGGUGCAGCUGGUAUUGGCCACCACAAAUUCCUUUCAUGUGAAAUGGAACGAGCUACCUACCGUUGAAGGGUAUCUUCUGCAACUGUGUCCAGAAUCACCGGGGACAACUGGUGCUGGAAAGCCUGCUCCCCUCAGUGAAAUCACAUCCACUGCACGUGCUGGCCCACUGCAUUCACAGAGCGGUCUUAUGUGCCCACAGCGGUUUGAAGAAAGUGUGGACAGCCCUGCAUCUCCUGAGGUCAGAGUGGACAUUUGUCAACAACACACCGGCGGACUGACCAGUCAGGUGUCUACAUCAAUGUAUGUGCAGCAUAGUGCUUCAGACCAAGAAGUUGAGGACAUGAAGGAGUCUCUGACUGACAAGCAGACACUUUCCAGUGGGCAUGCAGAGCUAAAUGGCAAAAUAAAAACAUCACCCGGAUCAAAAUCGGCAGGUCUUCAUACAUCAUCUAAAUUGAAUGAUGUGCAUGACUUGGACAUAGGAUUGUUAACUCCUGAGGUUUCUGCAUCCUGUAUUGUCUCCAGUGCACAAUCUAUGGUAACCCAGCAGAGCAUUAAAACUGAGUCAUCACGUACAAAUGGGGCACUUAUUAGAGAUGAAACUUCACUAACUACAUUCAGUACACACUCUGAAGCUGCAUUAUCUUCAAGGGAACAGUGCCCUUCCCAGACAAAGAGCACCUCGAUGAAUGGUCAAACUGGGGAGCAGUCUGCGUUGAAGAAUGGUUUGCUGCAAUGGUAUGAUGUUGGAAUCUUCCAGAGCAAUAGUGCCGUGGUCACGCACUUCUUUAUACUUCCAGACAGCAGUCAGAGUCCUAGAGACAAGGCUGCAGAUGUCGACUUAUCUGACUACACUAUGUUGAAGAAACAUGACCUGUGUCCCGGAAGUGUGUACAGAUUUAGAGUGGCUGCAAUAAAUGGACGUGGAAUUGGAGCUUUCAGUAAGAUCAGUCAGUUUAAGACAUGUAUUCCUGGAUUUCCUGGGGCUCCGUCUUCCGUUAAAGUCGCAAAGAAUGCAGACUGUGUUCAUAUUUCCUGGGAAUCGCCUUCUUCACCAACAGGAAAUAUAUUAGAAUAUUCUGCAUAUCUAGCCAUACGCACUUCUCUUCCCGAGGCUCAAAACCAGCUAGCAUUUGUAAAGAUUUACAGUGGCUUAGAGACAUCGUGCACUGUAACAGCUUCCCAGCUUGCAAAUGCUCAUGUCGACUGCAGCUCCCGGCCUGCGGUGGUAUUCAGGAUUUCUGCUAAGAAUGAGAAGGGAUAUGGACCUGCUAUCCAAGUUAGAUGGCUCCAGGAGAAAACAUGAGGCUUCAAGUGGAAGAUCAUAAAGAGAAAGGCAGUUCUGAUCUGUUUGUCACUUUGCUGGGAAGAAUUGUCUUUUACUAGAGCUGUGCGUCUCAGUUUUUUGUAAGAUUUUGUAAAUCUCCAAAUGUUUAUUUUUUCAUUCUGCCUCUACUUGUAUAGAUAUACAUAUGAUCUAAAUAUAUGAUGACAGUAUAUACUUUUUCAUGUUCUAUUAUAAAUGUUCACUAUAUUAUACAUGUUAGUGAUAUGUACUCAGGUGGGACUACGUGGUACAGUUUCUAAUAAUUGGAAACUGCCUUCUUGCUUCCAUUUAUUUUUACCACUUACAUAUAUUUGUACCUAGUUUUAAGCAAUAAAAUGGUGCAAAGGGACGGGAGGGAUCUUCUAGUGCAAUACAGUAGGCACAUAGCACUUCCCCUUGAACUAGGGGUAUCCUGCCAGUUUUCCGUGAAAGAAUAACUAGGGAGUAACAAGAUGUUACAUCAGAAUUUUUUAUUUCUACCCUUUAACAGUGUAUGUUUACAGUAGACUGUGUAUGUGUAUUGCACUUUUAAAUGGGGUAUAUUUUUUGGGGGGUAAAAUGUAAAAUCAUAUGCAAAAAUGGUUUAUAUUGCAGCUGCCUGGUCAUUAUGUAUUUAUGAUCUGUUUGGUAACAAAAGCAUAUAUUCAGUAUUGAGCUUAUAUUAGGGAAUUGCUUUACUAGUAUAUAAUGGAACGCUUCCCAUUGGCUACAGGAGGGAACCUCUGACCGCCGUAAACAGCAGCCUGUAGUCUGUGGAUUCUCCGGGAAUCUUUUGGGGAGUAAAAAUAUUCCUGUGUCAGCAGCCCAGUUGUAUGUAGACUGCUUCUGCCGCUACCAUCAGCUCAGUACAUAAACAUCUUAGCAUAUUCAGCAACAUAGUAAGCCCUAUGAUUUUGCCCUACAUUUUGAUGGCAUAUUGAAAGUCCCAUCCACAUGUAGUGUUCAGUAAUUUCCGAUGGAUCUGCGGUGCGGCAUUCGCCCCGUCUAACUCAUUUGUGUUGCUUUUCUGCUGUCAUUUUGAAACCAGAGGGUAUACUACUACACUAUGUUUUGCACAAGAAUGUAAAUCCUUGAGUCAAUAUGAUGAAACUUUGGGGGUUAUUUUUUUUAAGACUGGCGUUUUAGACGCUGGUCUAAGUAAGGCCUUGCACUGGCGGUGGUCGACCAAAGAUAUGUAGAGGCACCGUCCUCUACAUAACUUCGGUGGAUCCACCACAAGGAAGCUGGUGUAGAUUUAGAGUAGCCUAAAACAGGAGUAGAAAAUAAUGAAGAGACAGGCUGCCGGCCCGCCCCCUUCUCCUCAAGUGCUGCACCCACUUUCUUAGACCUGGCGUGAGCAGGGAAAAGUCACAGAUUGCGGCACAAAUAACCUUUGCGCUGCAAUCUGCGCCUGAAAUACGCCUAAUAUAGAUGUUUUUCUGAUUAGUAAAUUACCCCUUUUUUUCUGUGUCUUUGGAUCAAUCAUUCAACAGUGAUUUCCAUGCAAAAUAUUGCUGGGGAACCCCUGAGAAAUGUGUCCACUCCGGGGGAUCCCUUAAAGUAUAACUGUCAUUUUAAUUUAUUUUUUUGGAGUAUUGGAUUGUGGUGAUUAAUAUCUCCUUGGUGGCCCUAUUUCAACUUUUCACUGUGUACUCAAUUACCCCUUAAUUCCACAGUUUUGUUCCCUGUACUGCCUACUUUUAUCUGUGCUUAAAAUCAGGUUGCUAUGCAUGGUCUGUCUAUAUGUUGAAGGACGCAGAACCACGCAGCCUGCAAGGUCAGAUUACUGAUAGCCAGGGACUGUAAGUAAAUGAUUAAAGCCAGGUCCUCCCCAGCAGCUGAUAACAGUGCCAGUGCACUUCUCCCU